AUGGCGCCGAAAGGGAAAGGCGGCGGCAAAGCCGGGAAGGGCGGCGACAGCGGCGGCGGCGGCAGCGAGGGCAAAGCACAGGGCCCGAAGGGAGGCGGCAGCGCCGUCAAGGUUCGGCACAUCCUGUGCGAGAAGCACGGCCGCGCCAUGGAGGCCAUGGAGAAGCUGAAGUCCGGGCAGCGCUUUAGCGAGGUGGCGGCACAGUACAGCGAGGACAAGGCCAGGCAAGGGGGAGACCUGGGCUGGAUGACCCGAGGCUCCAUGGUGGGACCAUUCCAGGAGGCAGCGUUUGCCCUGCCGGUGAGCAGCAUGGACAAGCCCGUGUACACGGACCCUCCCGUCAAAACCAAGUUUGGAUACCACAUUAUCAUGGUGGAAGGCAGAAAAUAAAAUGUGAAUGACCAUGA